CGUGCGCAGAUCAGUAGGACAUCUGCGCAACACGACCAGUAAGGAAGAAGAAGAAGAACUUCCGUAGGUCAGAGGUAAACAGUCGUGUUUGGAAACAUGGAUGAAGAUAAACUGCCUGGUGAUGGAGAUAUUGGAUCUAUCAUGGGAUUCUCUGGGUUUGGUAAGAAGGCGCGCACAUUUGAUCUUGAAGCCAUAUUUGAGCAGACCCGGAGAACAGCUAUUGAGAGGAGUCAGCGUGUCCUGGAGGAGCAACACAAAGGGGCUCAGAUGGAAGAGGAAGGUGAAAGCUCCAAGUCAGUUAAACCUUCAGUUCUCAGUCAGAAAGACAAAGCUGCAGCUAGGGUCCAGCAAAGUGGCAGCAGCAGUGAUUCAGACUCGGAGCCUGUCAGGCCCCCGAUGCCUCCUCAGCAUGCAGCCCAAGAGGACAAAGAUGAGCCUAUAGGACCUCCCCUUCCACCAGGUUACAGGGAUGGCACAGCAAAGAGUGAUGAUGAUGACGAUGAUGACGACGAAGCAGAGACAAAUGAUGAUGAUGAUGAUGAUGACGACGACAACGAUGAUGAUGAUAACCCAGUGAAGAAGAUUCCAGACACUCAUGAGAUCACUCUACAGCACGGCUCCAAAACAGUAUCAGCUCUUGGCUUAGACCCCUCUGGAGCCCGUCUGGUGACGGGCGGAUACGAUUACGAUGUGCGGUUCUGGGAUUUUGCUGGGAUGGACCAGGCUCUGCUGGCCUUCCGAUCCCUGCAACCCUGUGAGUGCCACCAGAUCAAGUCCUUGCAGUACAGCAUCACGGGUGAUGUCCUCCUGGUGGUCUCUGGGAAUGCACAGGCCAAAGUGUUAGACCGUGAUGGCUUCAACGUCAUGGAGUGUGUGAAAGGAGACCAGUACAUUGUGGAUAUGGCCAACACCAAGGGACACACGGCUAUGCUGAACUGUGGCUGCUGGCAUCCUAAGAUUAAAGAGGAGUUUAUGACCUGCUCAUAUGAUGGCACUGUGCGCACUUGGGACGUGACCUCAGAAAAGAAGCACAAGUCUGUGUUCAAACCUCGCUCCCAACAGGGGAAGAAGGUCAUCCCCAUGUGCUGCACCUACAGCCGCGACGGGAAGCUCAUUGCAGCAGGUUGCCAAGACGGCACCAUCCAGAUCUGGGACAGAAAUAUGAGCGUUCACACAAAGUUUCACUGUCGGCAAGCCCACACUCCAGGAUCAGACACCUCUUGCCUCUGCUUUUCAUACGAUGGCAUCACUCUUGCUUCACGCGGAGGUGAUGACACACUAAAGAUCUGGGAUAUACGCAACUUCAGGAAGCCUGUAAAUGAAGCUAACAGGCUGACCAACUACUUCUCCAUGACUGACUGCUGUUUUAGCCCCGAUGACAAGCUUGUUGUGACAGGGACCUCCGUGAAGAAGGAGGAGGGAAAUGGAAAGCUGGUUUUCUUCGACAGAGCUUCUUUUCAGAAGGUGUACGAGAUAGACGUCACCAACGCGAGUGUUGUUCGCUGCCUGUGGCAUCCCAAACUGAACCAGAUAAUGGUGGGUACUGGUAAUGGACUGGCCAAGGUAUACUACGAUCCAUUUAAAAGUCACAGGGGGGCCAAGCUGUGUGUAGUGAAGAGCAAACUGAAAGAGAAACACGCAGAGACACUAACGCAAGAUUACAUCAUCACACCUCAUGCUCUGCCCAUGUUCAGAGAGGCCCGGCAGCGGAGUACACGGAAACAGCUGGAGAAAGAUAGGCUGGAUCCGAAAAAAUCCCACAAGCCCGAGCCCCCUGUAUCUGGACCAGGUCGAGGAGGUAGAGUAGCAGCUCACGGGGGCACGCUGUCUUCGUUCAUCGUGAAGAACAUCGCUUUAGAUAAAACGGAUGACAGUAACCCACGAGAGGCCAUCCUGCGUCAUGCCAAGGAGGCAUCGGAUAAUCCUUACUGGAUCGCCCCGGCGUACAAACAGACCCAACCAGAGCCUGUGUUCGCAGAAGAAUCAGAGGAAGAUGAGGAGGCUGACAAAGAACCGGAGUGGAAGAAACGCAAAAUCUGAGACUGAUGUUUUUUUUUGUUUCUGUUAUGUUUUUUUAUAAUAGAUUAGCUGAUAAAACAGUUUGGUCAGGCCUAAAAUGCUCAAGAGCAACAAUUAAAUUCCCAAAACAUAAA